ACGCGUGACAAUUUUCGCUCACUUUGUACAAUCGAUACGAUAUCGAAGCUUCCAAUCUCGAUGAAACAAUUAUCAGCAUUCUUUUAUCCUCUGACGAACAAAUAAUAACGAUCGAGUGACGCCGUUGACGGACCACGCGCUUGUUUGUCGAGUUGAAGUAAUGAAAAGAAAAAAAAAAAAGAAAAAGAAAAAGGAAGAGGGCGGCGUUGCGGAGGAGAAAAUAAGAAACGUGUCUCGAGUAAUACGUUUUACCUUGAAUGCAGGCGAUAUCUACUGCGCAAUGUGCGUAUGCCUAAUCGGAUGUAUUCAGGAUGCAGAUUGCUCCGGCCGCACGUUGGCUACUCUCUUGGUUGCUUGGGUGGCGACCUUAAUGGUGACUUCGAUAUUACUGCAAUGGGAGUACAUGUGGAUCGUACUGACGUUUCUGACCAUACUGUUCCUCCUAAUCUGCGCCUGUAUGGCCUACAAUAUAAAGAAGACUCACAUGAGGACUUGGCUCAACGAGCACCAAAGAGCGACGAGUGAGACAGAAAGAGAAAGAGAACGGGAGAGAAGGCCUGUCUGGACUAUCUCUAACGGGUUAACGACCGACGAUUGCAGAGAGGCGGAAUCUCGACGAAUUGUGGAUCUACCACCAUCGUACUCGUCCGUAGUAUUCAGCAUGCAACCUACGUCGGGAUCUUUACGCCCGUCGUUAAUCACCGGCAAUUCACCCGCCGAUGCCAAAGCCGAAGACCCACCGCCGUAUUCGAGCAUGAUGGCCAUCACCGACACGUCUGGUCGAAUUACGGAAGCUGCGAACGGACCGAGCACGGAAUCCUCCGCGUCCGCGACGAAGAACAAUAUCGUUUCCAUUGACAUCUCGAAUGCAAGAGACGCGCACGACUGACGAUUAGUACUUAGAGCGUUACUCAUUAUUUCUUAUCAGUGCGUGAAUACUGUUUUACGCAAGAGGAUACUAAAAUCAGUACCGAAAAAUAGCAAGUUGAGAAACAUGCAGGAGUAAUGUUACGAUAAUAAUGUCUUACGAAACAUUGAUAUUUCUACCUGGUCCGCUGCAUUAUAAAUGUAUCGCAUAAGUAUACUUUACCG